GCUAUUGAAGGCGAGUGAGAAAGGUAUAGAAAUGUGUGGGAGUGUUGGGAAACUAAAAUCCCAAGUCAGAAGGCAACAAUCAAAAGCAUGAUAAUACUAGUUUUUUUUUUUUUUUUUUCUAUUACUAAACUCAGAAGAAAAGGAGCCGUACUGAUACGCUGUCCUCUUCAUUAAGAUCACGACAAGAUUUUCUCCUCGAGCAUUUCCUUCUUCUUCGCCCGCUCUAUUCUCGAACCUUACAGUACCCUUUUUAUGAUCCUUACCUAGUAGUUGCUCUAGCUUUCUUACUCUCAUAGCUACACGGUACUUUAUUAGGGAAUGAAACUUAUUUGGAGUGGCAGUAUUAAAAGUUAGCAGAGACGCAUACAAAGCUUCAAGGCAGCAGCUCCUCUUAGUUCUUCUGUUCCUCACCCUGAAAUGUACUGCCACUCUUCCUUCCUUCCCCGAGGAGAAGAUAUUAGUAGCAGAAACCAGACGCGUUUUGCGGAUCUUGGAGAGCUUCAUCAACCAGCUCCUGUUUUUCCUCACGACGAUGCUGUUGAUUUAAGCUCAAGCUCCAUGUUCAGUCUAAAAUCAGGCAAUGUCACUGUUGUGUCCCAUAACUUACCUUAUGCUACUGCCUUGAACACGAGUAUUGGGCCGGUAGAGGUAGCAACUACUGGAGCAGGGUGUUUGGACACAGGGCAAUACAUGUACCAGAAGGGAACAGGGUUUGGUUCCUCUUUGGGAAACUGGCAGAGUAUUGAGACUUGGGGAGACUCAGGGAUGGCAGAUAAUAGCCAACAGACUGACACUUCAACUGAUGUAGAUGCUGAUGACAAAAACCAGCUUUAUGGAGUUCAGCAUGGUACAGUUGUGGUGGGAGAAUCUGUGGAUCAAUCAAAGGGAAAAACUGGUGACCAAAAGACUCUUCGAAGGCUGGCUCAGAACCGUGAGGCUGCAAGGAAAAGUCGGCUUAGGAAGAAAGCAUAUGUCCAGCAACUCGAGAGUAGUCGACUCAGGCUUACACAACUAGAGCAUGAGCUUCAACGAGCCCGCCAGCAGGGAUUUUUUAUUGCAUCUGGAUUUUCUGGGGAUCAUGGGCAUUCAAUAGCUGGAAAUGAGGCCUUCGCAUUUGACUUGGACUAUUCACGCUGGCUGGAUGAACAUCAUCGACUGAUCAACGACCUAAGAUCAGCCAUGAAUUCUCAUAUGAGUGAUGAUGAGUUACGGCUUCUUGUUGAUGGUGUAAUGGCACACUACGAUGAAAUAUUCCGACUGAAGAGCAUUGGUGCAAAAGCAGAUGUAUUUCAUAUGCUUUCAGGCAUGUGGAAGACACCUGCAGAAAGAUGCUUCAUGUGGUUGGGUGGAUUUAAAUCUUCUGAACUUCUCAAGAUUCUCGGGAACCACCUUGAACCCUUGACAGAUCAACAGUUGAUGGGCAUAUGCAAUCUGCAGCAAUCAUCCCAACAAGCUGAAGAUGCCUUGUCUCAAGGAAUGGAAGCUUUGCAACAAUCACUUGUAGACACACUAUCAUCCACCUCUCUGGGGCCUGCUGGUUCUGGAAAUGUUGCUGACUACAUGGGCCAAAUGGCAAUAGCCAUGGGGAAGCUCGCAACACUAGAGAACUUCCUUCACCAAGCUGACCUAUUAAGACAACAAACUUUGCAACAAAUGCAUCGAAUUUUGACGACUCGCCAGGCUGCGCGUGCCCUUCUUGUUAUCAGUGACUACACUUCCCGUCUCCGAGCACUGAGCUCGUUAUGGUUAGCACGCCCCAAAGAUUGACACAUACCCUUUCACAAUGGUGCUGUAAAAUGCGUGCUAUAUGUCACUUCCAACGAGGUGUGCCCAUCGGAUAUAUUUGGACUCUGAAGUUGAGGAGCGUUUUGCACAUUGUGACAAGUCAGUACAAUUUUCUGUUUUUUUUUUUUCCUGAUGGAGAAGGUCCUCUGCAUGAUAUAGAAGUAUCGGUAUUGAGAA